AUGGCACCAACGAGCGCGGACCCCCAAGAUCUCAAGCUCAUCCUCAAUCCCGCACGCCGACGAGCUCUCAAUAUUCUAAUCGGUUCCAUCACAGAACUCAUGCGCAAAACCAUCACGCACUCCUUUUCCAACCGGGAAAAUCAGCCUUAUAAUAAUAAUAAUAAUAAGUCAUCGGAGUCUAAUUCGAAUUCCUCACCCCCCUCAAUAACCCCCAACGUUACCCCCAACCCCUCAGACUCAAACAACGACCCCUCAAUCGCCCGUCAAAACCAUCUCGAAAACCGUCUCAACCAAAACCUCUCCACACCCAAAUUGCUCGCUCUAGAAGCCGCCGCUCUAAAAUACUUCGACACGUGGCGCGACUCCAUCAUCGCACAACUCGGACACAUUCUCAACUCUCCCGAAGAUCCCCGCGCUAAUCAAAAGCGCAAAGAACUGCUCGCUUCGAGACCUCCCCCUCCCUAUACCUAUACCCCUUCCCCAAGUCCCCAUGAAAACAAUGAAAAUAACGAACCCAGCCAAGAUAUCCUCACGUUUCAAUCCCUGUACCCGCCAAUCCCCACCCGUUUAAUCACCAUUAGCCUCCAAGACCGCACGCACAUCAUCUCCAGCCUACUGAUCCUGAUCCUCUCCCUCGGAACCUAUUCAGCGCACUCCCGCACCCUGCUCUGCCACCUAACCUCCUCUCUUUCCCUCCCCCCACACCUCCUCACGCACGAAGAAAUCCAAACCUCGCGCCUCCUCCUCCUUGCAUCCAAAGAAGGCGCCGUCCCCAAUGCUGACGCUGAAACCUCUGCGCGCGCCCAAUCCAACACAUCGUCCCGACGCUGGAAAGUCGGUCUCGCAUCUGUUGCGGGCGCAGCUCUAAUCGGUGUAACGGGUGGACUGGCUGCUCCCGUCGUAGCAGGUGCUAUUGGGGGACUCAUGGGCUCGGUUGGUCUUGGGGGUCUUGCGUCUUUGCUGGGCGUCUUUUGUAUGAAUGGUGCGUUGGUGGGUGCGUUUUUCGGGGCCUAUGGGGCGCGCAUGACGGGGGAAAUGAUGGAUAAAUAUGCGCGGGAGGUGGAGGAUUUUAAAUUUUUGGAUGUCAAUGAGGAGUGGGGAGAACAUAGUACGAAAGAGGAGGGAGAUGUGGAGAAGAGGAGGUUGAGGGUUCUGAUUGGGGUUAAUGGGUGGGUGGAUGAUCCGAGGGAUAUUGUGAAGCCGUGGCGGAAACUCGCGGGCCAGUAUUCGAGGGGAGAUGUUAAGGAUGAGGAUUUGGGGCAUGGAUGUGAGAUUUUUGCGUUGAGGUAUGAAACUAAUGCGUUGGUGGAACUGGGGAGUAGUUUGAAGGAUACGGUGGGGAGUUAUGCGUGGUCGAUUAUUAAGAUGGAAAUUUUGAAGAGGACGGUUUUGGCUACUUUGUGGGGAGCAUUGUGGCCGGUAUAUCUGCUGAAGAUGGCGACGGGAAUUGAUAAUCCGUUUGCUAGAGCUAAGAGAAGGGCCGAGAAGGCGGGGGAAGUACUGGCGGAUGCGUUAAUCAAUAGGGCGCAGGGGGAACGACCGGUCAUGCUGGUGGGAUUUUCAUUGGGAAGUAGGGUGAUAUACUCCUGUCUCCGCUCUCUAGCCGAACGUCACGCCUUCGGCCUCGUCGACAGCGUAGUCCUAAUCGGUUCACCAAUCCCGUCAUCGACUCUUUCCCUCCUUCCCCUCCGCACUGUAAUCUCCGGUCCAAUCCUCAACAUCUACAACCCCAACGAUCUUCUCCUCGCCUUCCUCUACCGCUUCAAUUCCCUCCAAUACGGCAUUUCCGGUCUCCAACCCAUCCACCACAUCGAAGGCGUCAUCAACAUCGAUCUCAGUUCCAAAAUCAGCUCCCAUUUAAAAUAUGAAGGGCUCGUUGAUAGAAUAUUGAGUACGUAUGUAUUUCCAUCCAUGAAUGAUAACGAAGGAGAAAAAUGGGAGAUUGAGAUUGAGAAAGAGGAAAAUAAUAGAGAGGAAGGGGGCAUUGUGAUGGUGGAUGGGGAGGUAAAAGGAAGAGAGAAAAUGAUCGACGAGAAAGAAGAAGAGCUAUUGAUUGAUUUCGGGGAGGUGGCGGAGUUAGAAGCACCUGUUCCAAUGAUGUUUGGUCAAUCGAAUGUUAGGUGUUCUGCUGUCUCUUCAGUUACGUCGUAUAGUAUGGAUCAUUUGAUGGGCUCGCCACCACCAACUCCUGCCGAAAAUGUUACAAGUACGACAAACACUCACCUCACUCUAUCUCCAAACGAUACCAAACUUCCCAAUAUAAUCACAACUACAACCCCGCUCGCCAUCUCCAGCAUCGGCACCCCCUCCUCGCCCUCCUCGCCCACUCCCUCCCACCAUUCAACCUCCGAAGACGAAGGAGCUAUCCAAAUGAUCGAUCACGAUAACGACGAAGACGUAGACGUAGACAUACAAAUCCAUAUCUCUGGAGCCAUCCCAAAAGUCGGGGGUAUCCCAACAUCAUCAAGGAACGAAUCUGGAAAGAUCGAGAAAGGCAUGAGUGGACUGGAAGUAAACGAGCGAGAUAUCGAUUACGUGAAACAUCAUUUUUCCAUGGAGCAGAAGAGCCUGAGUUCGUUACCUAGAGAGAGAAAGAAGGCUGGCGAUUUUGGGUUGUUUUGA